CAUUUUCUUCUUUUUUCAGUCUUUUUACUUUUUCCUAAUUUUUCUGGUUGUCUCCACAAGAUUUCACAUAAUUUCUUCAUCAGCAACCAGUUCCUCUACAUCUAGAGUAGCAGUUCUCCUCUCUAUGCUUCGAUUUUUUGAAGGUUGAGAUUAUCAUUGAGUCAAGCUAAACAAUUUAUUAGUUGUGAUGCUUCUUUUCUAUCUAUAAAGAGAACUCCAGCAGAUUAUUAGGUCAUUGAAAUUCCCAUCACUACCAUAUCAUGCCUCCAUGACAGGCUUGCAAAUCUGUUUUCCCAACUCAUUUAUUUUCUUUUAAGUCCAGGUGCUAUAUAGUAUACUCCAGUGAUAAAAUUGUUUCUCUUUCUGCCAGUGUUGAUCUACCAAUUGCUCUCCACUAAAGAAAUCAUUCUGUUUUCUAGAUUUCCUUAUGAGUGUGUCUUCUUUUCAUUCGCUUCUAGGGGAAGCAGUCAUUUUGAACAUAUAUAAGGCAGCUGACUAUGGCCAAGAAAUCAUGUAUUUUCCACUGUGAAAUUCCCCUAUUUCUUUAUACUUUAUAGCAGUUAGAUCUUUAGUUCUUUGUCAUUUUGUUAAUGUUUGUUGUGCUCAGCUUUCUUGGAGAACUGCUAUAAAGCUACUAAAGGGUUUUGAAUAAGUAGUAUAAUCAGAUCUGUGCACUAGGAAGAAUUCUCCAGUAGCAGUGUAAAAGAAUGAAGUCAACGUAGGGAGGUCAGUUAGAUUAUUACAAUCGUCCAAUUGAGUUGAUAGAUUCUAGAAAUACAUUUUGGAGAUGGAAUCGCCAAUAAUUGCAAAUGAUUUGAUUUGGGUGGAGAAGGAUGAAUUCAAGAUGAUUCUCAAGUUCUGAACCUAGACAAUGGUAAGAAGAUCAGAAGAAAUUGAAGAAGAUAGGCAGUGGUGUAGGGUUUUUAUUUGCUUUUGCUUUUUUUUUUUUUAAACAAACAAUGAGUUCAGAUAUGGACAUGUUAAAUUUGUGACCCUGCAAAGUAUCAUGAUGGAGAUACCUAGCAGGUGGUUGAAAAUUCAGGAUUAGAAUUCUGAGGUGAUAUUGUGGAUGGAGACAAUAUAUUUGAGAGUCAUCUUCAUAGGAGGCAAUACCUGAAAUCCUAGGAGUAGAAGAGAUCACCAAGGAAGAGAAUGGAUUGAGAAAACAGGACAGAGUGGUGGAAGACCCUUACACUUUAAGAUGUGAUGAGAGGAAAUUAGGAAAGAACAUUGUCAUGGAGCCAAGGUAACAAAGUGGAAAGGGCUAUAAAGUUGAAUGCCACAGAAGACUCAAAGAAGGGGAGAUCUGAGAGAAGGCCAAUGGCCUUGGAGAUAAUGGAUGAUGCUGGUGAGAGUUAUUUCAGAAUGGUUGCAGUGAUAAGAGUCAUAUUGCAGAGUUUUAAAGAGUGAGUGGAUAGGAAAACAGGAAGACCAAGAAAAUACUAUUUUUUUCUAAAAAUUUGUCAGUAUAUAGAAUGAGAGAUAUGUGACAGUAGUUUGAGGGGGUAUGGGAAAAAUACUAUUUUGUUCUGAAAACUGUAUUAAUUAUUAUAUUGUUUUAAAUCUAGCUUUGUAUUAGAAAAUGGUCUAACCCAAAAGCUUACCAUAGAGGUCAGACUGACCUCAGUGAUGCUCCAGGGAAACCUAUGGCUGUUAAUGGAUGCUUAGAUCCUACCCAGUGCUUGUUUUGGGUCUACCCAGGGCUUGUUCAGGGGUACAUGGAGUGAUCGUUUUCUUUUCUGCCUAUAUUCCACCCAAAGCUUGUGUGUUGGGUUCCCCAAAUUAGAUAAAAUAUUUAUAUUUGCUGAUAUAUGUCUCAAAGUGCCCUUCUUGGAAACUACCUACUGCCAAUUUUGGUCAGUCAAAUGUCCUUAUGUCCUCAUUUGAAUGCCGUUUUUUCUGGCUCUCUCUUUCAUCUAAUAACUCCAUAAAAUCUUUCUAAACCUGCUUCAGAUUUUGAGAUUUUCAAUUAACUGGAAUAAGAGGAUAAAGGAAUAAGAGGAUAAAGAGGAUAAAAAGAGAGAGAGAGUAGAAAUGGAGUUGGGGGCCUAUCUCCUUCAGGUAGAUGGUAGAAUAUUAAUUUUCAGGUAGUGUUUUUUUAUAUCUUUAUAUUCUCAGUCUAGUGCAUAUAGUAGGUGUUCAUGUUUGCUGGUUAGCAACCCUCCUUGGCAUUUGAAACUUUUUUCCUUCUUCUGUUUUUAUAGUCAAAAUGGCAAGUGGUCAGACUUAUCUACAGAUUAAAUUAUUCUAGUUAUUUUAAUGUUUCAUCAAAGGUCUUAUUUCUCAUCUCCUUAGUAAUUAUGCCUAAAUUAGAAAUAUCAGCUCUAAUGCAUCAUGCUGUAUUUGUUUUUCUAGCUGAAAUUCCUGCUGAUAAGUGUUUGAGUAAGAGACAUUUGGCAUCAUAAUGUCUCUUUGUGCAUCUUCUCACAAGGAGUUUUCUCAGCUGCUCCCCAUUCAAGAUAUUGGAUGUAACAAAGCCGAAAUCAAAAGCUCACCAUCUGGUCUUAGUUCUCCUGCUCCCUACAACUGUAGCCAAGCUGUCCUGCCACUGGAACAUAGUCCCCUUUAUAUUCCUUCAUCUUAUGUGGAAGGCCGCCAUGAAUAUUCAGCGAUGGCCUUCUAUAGUCCCACUGUGAUGAACUAUAGCAUUCCCAGUAAUGCCAAUGACUCAGAAGGUGGAGCCGUGAGACAGACAACCAGCCCCAAUAUAUUGUGGCCAACUCCUGGACAUCUCUCUCCUAUAACACUGCACUGCCAGUCAUCACUCUUGUAUGCAGAACCCCAAAAAGGCCCCUGGUGUGAAGCUAGAUCAGUGGAACAUGUUUUGCCUGGGAACAAUAGAGAGACACUGAAAAGAAAAGUUAAUGGAAACAGUUGUAACAGCCCCAUUAUCAAUAGCCCGGGCUCAAAGAGGGAUGCCCACUUCUGUGCUGUCUGCAGCGAUUAUGCCUCUGGUUACCAUUAUGGUGUGUGGUCGUGUGAAGGAUGUAAGGCAUUCUUUAAAAGGAGCAUUCAAGGACAUAAUGAUUAUAUUUGUCCAGCUACAAAUCAGUGCACAAUUGACAAGAAUCGACGCAAAAGUUGCCAGGCCUGUAGACUUCGGAAAUGUUAUGAAGUUGGAAUGAUGAAAUGUGGUUCCCGGAGAGAACGUUGUGGGUAUCGAGUUAUCCGAAGGCAGAGGAACACAGAUGAGCAAAUGACUUGUCUUAGCAAAGCAAAGAAAAACAGUGAAAAUGUAACUCGAGUGAAAGAGCUGCUGAUGAAUGUGCUGAGCCCUGAGCAGUUUGUGCUAUCUCUACUGGAAGCAGAACCACCUAAUGUAUUUGUGAGUCGCCCCAACAAGCCAUUUACCGAAGCUUCCAUGAUGAUGUCAUUGACCAAGCUUGCUGACAAGGAAUUGGUUCACAUGAUUGGAUGGGCCAAGAAAAUUCCUGGCUUCGUGGAGCUCAGCCUUUAUGACCAAGUGAGACUCUUAGAGAGCUGUUGGAUGGAAGUGUUAAUGGUGGGGCUGAUGUGGCGGUCAAUUGAUCAUCCUGGCAAACUCAUCUUUGCACCAGACCUUGUUCUGGACAGGGAUGAGGGCAAAUGUGUCGAAGGGAUUUUGGAAAUCUUUGACAUGCUCCUGGCGACGACUUCAAGGUUCCGAGAGUUGAAACUCCAACACAAGGAGUAUCUCUGUGUCAAGGCUAUGAUUCUCCUGAAUUCCAGUAUGUUCCCUUUAGCAGCAGCAACUGAAGAACCGGAGAGCAGCAGGAAAUUACAUCACCUGCUUAAUGCUGUGACAGACGCACUGGUGUGGGUUAUCGCAAAGAGUGGAAUCUCUUCCCAGCAGCAGUCCAUACGUCUGGCUAACCUUCUGAUGCUUCUUUCUCAUGUCAGGCACGCAAGUAACAAAGGUAUGGAACAUCUGCUCAGCAUGAAAUGCAAAAAUGUGGUCCCUGUCUAUGACCUUCUCCUGGAGAUGCUGAAUGCCCACACAUUGAGGGGAUAUAAAAAGUCAUCCGUCUCCGUGUCCGAGUAUGGCCCUGCAGAGCAGAGCGAGAGCAAGGAGAGGAGCCCUCAGGACUUGCUGCCUCAGUGAUCUCUUCUUCCCCAGGAGGAGUUGAGCCGGAAUUGAGAUGCACAGGAGUGACUGACACCUGAGCCAAAGGAAAAUCCUUCCUGGGUUGUUGGGCAUCUUGAGAAGCUCUUGGGAAAUGAAGGAAAUGAAGCUCUUCCCAGUGGAUGUAAGACUUCCAUUGGCUUUCAUGGUUGCAGACUCAGUGCUCGCCAUGGGACACUGAUGACCUCUUUAUGAGCACAACUGUGAUUUUUAGGGCUGGGGAUAAGAAAACCAUUUUCUCCUUUGUUGUUAAGUAGUGAACAGAGAUACAAAGAGUUUAUUGCUCUUGGAAUCUUGGCACCUUCUGCCCUCUGUAAAAAUAAAUGUUGAGUCUAGCUGUGUGACCCUGGGCAAGUCACUUGAACCUCCAUUGCCUAGCCCUUACUGCUCUUCUGCUUUGGCACCAAUAUACAGUAUUGGUUUUAAGCUAGGCGAGGUUUUAAAAAAAUGCUUAGGGACAUCUUGGUGGCUCAGUGGAUAGAUAACCAAGACUAGAGAUGGGAAGUCCUAGGUUCAAGCCUGGCCUCAGAGGUGUCCUAGCUGUCUCCCUUGAUCCCAAUUACCUAGCCCCUUCUGCUCUUCUGCCUUGGAAUGGAUAUUUAAUAUUGAUUCUAAGACAGAUGGUAAGGGUUUAAAAAUUAGAAUAAAAUGCAUUAUAGUUUUAUGAUGAGUGUUGGGGAAGAAGGUGGGAAAAUAGAUAAAAUGAGAAUAUCCCAUAGUUGGAAGGGACCACAAGAGUUGGUCGCCUACUAUAAAAACCUUAUUGCGAGCAUUAUAGUGUAGAGAGAAAGUUCUCAGUUAGGAGCCUGGGAUGAUGAAUGGAAUUUAAUGUUAUUUCAUCCUGCUAGGCCUCAGACACAGUCUACAAAAUGAUGGAAUUGGAUUACAUGAUCCUAGACCUUCUAGCCAGGAAUCCCUCCUAUAACAUUCCUGACAAGUGGUCAUCAAAGACAACAAUGCUCUGGCCAAAUCUCCUGAGUUCACCUCUAUCUGUGUGCACUUUAGCGAGCACAGAGGUCUCUGGGUGUGUUUGAGACUGUAGGAAGAACCAGAAAUGAGAGCUUUCCCCCAACCCCUGUAUAAUUAGAAACUCCUAGGGAGGAGUUACAAAAACUUAUAUACAACAAUGCAAGAACACACAUAAACAGAAAGGGAAAAGGAAUUUUGGGAUGAGGAGAGAAUUCUGGGAGAUGGAGUUCAAAUUUUCUAGUAUACCCCAUCUCCAGCUUGUCUAGUGGCUGCACUAAUUUAGGCAUUACAUACAGUUGAUGUAUAUAUAACUCUAGCAUUUCACUAGUGAGGUCAAAACCUUUUCCAUGCUUUGCGAUGACCUGCAAAUUACUGCUAGGCAAGCCCAUUAUUUUUGGUUGUGUUUUUAUUCUCUGAUUGUUGGAAACAAUGUGAUAUUUUUUACUAUCCAAGAACCAUGUUCAUUCUGAUGUUUAUAUAAUGUAACAAGCAUAAAAACUAUUUAGCUCAUUUGACUGGGCUUUUAUUCGCUCUCUUCUUAGUAGGUUUUAUGGGCAAAGUUUGGGGUCAGGGUUAUGAGGCAGAGUUGUAAAGAAAUUACUGGGAGUAGGAUAUGGAAUUAAGAGUGGGCCGAUGCUGCUGGACAUUUGGUAGGCCCACUGUGACCCAUGUGAAAGGGUGAGCUAGCUUCCCUCAAAUCUUUGGUCUUUCCCUUGUGUUCCUCCCAGCCUCCCCAAUUCUCCAGCUUCUUUGGGCUCCUAGAGUCCUCAGCGGGAGACAGGAGGAGCCAAGUUGUAAACCAUCCAUGUGUGAAACAAAGUUGGUUUCAAAAAGUUAACAAACAAAGAAAUGUGGGUUUGUCAUGGGAGUGUUGUAGAGUCAUAUGAAGAGUUGACAAAUUCAGUUGAUGGUCCAAAAUUGUGGUAAAUCUUUUACCAGACUUUUAAGUUUUCCCAGAGCCCAGGAGAGAGUGAAUUGCUUUAAGGAAAAGACCAACCACUUCCCACCCAGUCCUUAAACUAUUUCUAUUGGAGGAUCCUGGGUGGGAUGGUCUGAUUGCUUUUAGUCUUUUAUGCUUACAGUGAUGAAUUUCUAAAAACAAAAUGGACAGUACCUUGCAGAGACUCCUACGCUGACGAAUAUUUGCCAAUCUCAUACAGUCUUCUUCAACCCUAAAUUUUGUAACAGCAUAUGGUCUGAUGGACUUGAGGGCAUAAUUAGUUGCACCAUGAAAGGAUUCUUCACUUCAAGAGCAUUCUUUUAAAUGAGAGCGACUCUAAUUCAGCUGUUUGCUUAUAUAGCAUUCAAUAAUUUACAGGUAAUGCAGUAGGGUUGGGGAAUGAAACAAAUGAUUAGCAGCCCCUAAAUCCAAUUUACUAUAUAAUUAAUGGAAGACAGUCCUGAAACUUCUGUGUAAGCUAAUUUACAAACACCUAAAUAUGUAUACUUUCUAGGAAAACUCUGAAUGGAUAAAUUGAGAUCUGUGUGUUUUGGGAGUCAUCGUAUUUGGUGAAGUUGGUGGUCGCAUCUUUGGAAAGUGCUUACAUUUCCGUGAUGUGGGAUUAAUUCAACAUUUUGCUCUUGGGAAAUAAAGCUAACCAUCUUUCCUUUAGCUAAUGCAUUCCAGAAACAAUUCAUUGAUAGCAAGAACACCUUGGGAUUUAUAUAGGUGGGCUUAUGCCAGGGAUCUUCUGUAAAUAGUUUUUAAUGAUUUCUCCCACUCCACCUACUGCUUGGAAUUGAGAAUAGGAGUGGGACCAGAAAAUAGUCAAGCACGUUCAAAGGAGUCACAGCUGAAUCGUAAAGCCAGUGAAUUUGUAUCCUGAAGAGACUGAAAAGCGCUUUUGAUGAGUCAAUGCCUUGUGCUCUUGCCAGGAUCUCCUAUAGAGCAGAAGUGAAUGUAAUUUUGGAGACUCAGAGGAUCAUUUCAGAGCUUACCAGCAGGGCAGUUCUUUUCUUGGGGUGGCAUCUCCCCCUGCUGGAGUUAAUAUCUAUCACUACACAUAGGGAAAACCCAACAAUUCCUCAGUAACUUGAUGGAAUGUUUGUCACUCUAUGCAGAACCCAGAUAUUUGUUCCUUUAGAGCUUUUAGAAAAUAAAGAUUUUGUGACAAGUACAAUGAAAGAAGCAUAAAUGAAGUCCCAUCUCAAGUGCUAGGGCUUGAAGAAACCUGUGGCCAUCUAGUCUAACAGCUCAGAGACUGGAGCUGAUUGCUAAGGCCAUCUUAAAUUUACAGUUGAGAAAAUCGAGGAUCAGGACUCCUUUUUACUAAAAUGUGACUCAUUCUCUGGGUCUCCUGACAUUAAGUCAAAGUAAUAAACUUCUCAUGGAAUUCUAGCGAACUACAUAAAGGAAGUGUCCCCUCCCAUUCCCCAAUGGGAAACCACCUUGGAAUCUUCUAAAUAUAGAACAGUAAGCCUGGUCCCUAAAGGAGAGCAAAGCCUGAAGGAGUGAAGUGUGGGGUUAAGGUGCAAAGAAAGAGGGGGAAAUGUUGUCAUUACAGGAAAGGUGCUGGAUUCAGAGUCAGGCUUGAGCCCUAGACCUGUCACUACUUAGCCAGUGACUACUUUCCCUCUCCGGACCUUAAUUUCCUCCUCUAUGAUCUAUAAGAUCCCUUCUAGCUCUGAGAGGUCAUGUGAUGAGUACUGGUGGAGAGAUUCUAGCACCACCGAGCCUAGGAAUACCCUCAUUGAUCACAGGUGAUGAGAUUACAGCUCUAAGGAAGUAUCAGUGUCUUUUUGGAUACCAUAAUAGUUAUCAGAUAAUUGUCGUUGAGUCAUUUAGUCUUGUCCCACUCUUUGUGACCCUAUUUGGGGUUUUCUUGUUAAAGAUGCCAUAGUGGUUUGCCAUUUCCUCCACCUCAUUUGACAGAUGAGGAAACUGAGGCAAAGUUAAAUGCCAAGGUCACACAAGUAAAAAAUGGCUGAGGCCAGGCAGCCUAUUUACUGAACCACCUAGCUUCCCCACCCCCCAUAUGCUUUAUUAAAAAAAUAUUUCUCUCCACCCCUUUAGAGGACAAAGAGGUAGAAGGAUAGGGCAGUGGCUUCUAAGGUCACCUUUCAAAUAACAAAUUGUUAUUAUAACCUUGAAUAUUUUUGCAGCUCACAGAAUACUAACCUUUCCACAAAUUAUCAUUUACAUAGAAUUCAUAAAAUCCUGGCUGUCAGUGAGUACUUGAGGUAGUACUGGCAUCACUGAGCCUUCUGCGGGAAUUCUCAGUUUUACUUUUCAUAGGAAAUUGGUUGGAGUAUGUAGCCAAGGUGGGAGAAGGAAGAAGAAAAUCAUGAGAAACAGCUCUGAAAAAUCCUGGCCUUAAAGAACUUUUGAAUAGGAGUCACCUGUCUCUUUUCUUUGUGACUCAAUCCGACAGUAUUUCUCUUCUACUCUUUCUUAUUUAGGUAUAAUCUUCAUCAAUGGUGUCAAACUGAAAUAGGAAUAGGAGCUACUGUACCAUCCGUAAGGAGCCCUGUAGGGUACAUAUUGACUUUUAAAACCUCACAUUAAUUUUAUUUGUUUUAUAAUGUUUUAAUUUAUUUUGUUAAAUAUUUCCCAAUUACAUAGUAAUCUGGUUUGAAUUGCACUCAGGAGUGUCGUGAGCUGCAAGUCGUGUGUUUGACACCUAUUAGACCAUUGUGCUCAGCACAAUCCAUGGCACCUAGUAGGGACAUAAAAGAGAUAUUUGUUGAAUUGAAUUCUUCCUCAAAGAAACUGAAGUUCUAAUUUGAGGGAAAAAUACCCUUGAGGGAGAAGAGACAGAUAUAAUUCUAAGAAUAUUAUAAUGGCUAAUAAAGGGGCCAGCCACUCUGUAGGCACUCAAUUAAUAUUGAUUGAAUAAUUAAAAUGAAUAUUAGUAAUACUGAGAAGUUUUGGGACAAAAAGUCUAUCUAACUCUUGAGAAAUUUAAUUUACAUUCUCCUUUACAAAAAUGAAAGGGAAGAAAAAUAAACCCAACCUAAUUCAUUGUGGGAGCAUAGUGGUUUAAUUCUCUGAAACAAGUCUGUUUAAGGAGCUGGAGUAGCUCAGAGAUAGGCACUGGGCAAAUUCUUGCCUAUUAGGAAAAAACAAUAAUUUUAAUUUUUUCCUACAUCUCAUUGUUUACUCCUAAAUCUAUCAGUUAAAGUCAUUAAUGGGGGGCAGCUAGGUGACUCUGUGGAUAAAAUGCCAGGCCUGGAGACAAGAGAUCCUGAAUUCAAUUCUGGCCAUAGAAACUUCCAGCUUUGUGAGACCCUGGGCAACACCACCUGCCUAGUCUGCUCUUCUGCCUUGAAACUGUUAACUUAGUAUCAAUUCUAAGACAGGAAUUAAGGAUUAAAAAAAAACCAAACAACUGUUAAUGGCCACCUAAUUGCUAUUUGUAUAAUGUUUUUAUACAACUAGAGUCUGUGUGGCAUAGUAGAGAGGUGGCUUUGAGGUCAGGAAACACUAGGGUCAAGUCCUGACCCUUGGCAAGGGAUGACUUCUCAGCACUCUAGGCACCUAAGACUGUAAAUUGCAGAGAAGUUGCCAACAUUGGUUGAAUUCUCUUAUCUUGGAGUUCCAAAUUUUAGUGGUUAUAAGUCCAGUUCUAAUCCCCUUUUAUAUAGAAGAAAUCUUGGAGAAACUCAGGAUUUUUCUCUCUUGAAAAACUGAACUCUAAUCAUAGAAUUUUAAAAGAUUGGCCACCUUGUUCUUCUGGCAUUCGCUUUUUCUUAUUCAUAAUUUUCUCUUUAGUUAAAAAAAACCCCCCAAAACCCAACUCACCCAAAAUACAAAAAAUCUUACUUCCUGAACUCCAAAAUUUCCUAACAAACCCAAUGACAAAACUAGCUUUCAGUGAGUUUUUAAAAAAAGGUAUUUAUGCAUUGCUACUAAUCUUAGAGGGAAAAGGGCUUUGGUAAGGCAACUAAAGCUGACAUUUUAGCAAUUAUGGAAUAGCUAAGGAGCCUUUAAAAAAACAAUCAAGCUGCUCCCCAGCAUUUUACCAAUGCCAGCUGCUGGACCAUUUGACUCUUUUGAGUCAUCCUUUCGUUUACAUUGAUUUCCUGUACUAAUCAGAUAUUGUAUUUAAGAACCAAGUUUGUAUGUCACUAAUAUACAUUUUUGGACUUGUGCCUGAUUUCCAAUUGAUGGAAUUUAUUAUCAAUUUUUUACCUGGACUAAUCUUUCUACCUUGAUCCUAAUUCCAUUAACCUGAUGAUUCACUAGAAGGUGACAUCAAAUUGUUGAAAAUGGAUACUGUAUAAAUGGAGAUAUUGAACCCUAGACUUCAUUCCCCAGAAGUCCUUGGUAUUUCCCAGAAUUCCCUAUAAUCUCUCUUGAGUCUCCAUGUUGGCGAGAUCACAAUUGGUAUUUAAUUGGCAGUAAGGCCUCCCACGCUCUCUUCCUUUGCAAAUGAUGUAGCAAGUAUAGAGGUAAGCUUUUAAAUGGCCUAAUCAGUCAUGGGCACGUGGUUUUUACUUUGUAUCCUUUUUGUUCUUUGAUUUCUAACGAUCCUUAAUCAACCUCAUAAAAUAUAAUAUUAUUAUAGAUAUAAUUUAAUUUUUAAAAUACCCAGUGUUUUAAUUAAAAAAAAAAAGAAAGCCAACUUAUAUGUUUUAAAUGUUCAUCACUUUUAGCCAGAUACAAGCAAUUUUAGAUUUGCAGCUUUUAAAAGCUUGCUUUUGAACCUAUGUAUAUGUCAUGUUUCACAUUCAAGGUGCCCCCUUGGGCCAUCACAUUCUAUUUUCCUUUUUUCUUAAUUUUAAUUUUUUUUUUGGCCUAUAAGCAUUAGGCACAUCUACAAACUACAAGAUACUUCUACAAAGAAAGAAAAAAUGUGAACAAUUAGGUAAAAAAUAAAUAAGCCCUUAGCUGUAGGCUCAUAGACUUAAAGCUGGAAGAGACUUUCAGGGCCAUUGAAUUCAAUCCAUUUUAGAGAUGAAGAAAUUGAACCCUAGAAAGGUUAAGUGAACUGGCCAGGCUCAACAGAACGUGUUUGAGACAAUAUUUGAACUUGGCUUUUUCUGACUCCAAGCUCAGUACUCCAUCCCCUGGGCCACUUUGCCCCCCUAGAUUCUGAACUAGAACGAUAGUGAAUUCUAAAAUUGGAUACGGUUGGUAUGCUUAGAAUGUAAUAUCAAAUUGGGCUUGUGAGUGAUCUGCUAGAGAUUAGAAUUAUUGAGUGAUUGAGGUGGAAGAGACCCCAAUGGUCGUGUCAUCCAACUUCGCAUCCAACAGAUGGGAACAACUUUAUCCAAAAGAUAAAGAAACAAAAGCUAAGGGAAUGAGUUUAGGUAGCUGGCUAGUGGCAGAAUUUCGUCCUAAAUACAUUGACUCCCAAGUCAUUCUUCUUAACACAGGACAUUGCCACUUGCUUCUGAGAUUCUAUUACUUGAGCUGUAUUUUAGUACCAUACAGGAAUGCUUGGCUAAUUGCGCCCUCCGUCUCUACUUAGAUCAGUAAUUUGCCCUCCUAUUGCCUCUCACAUGUUCUUAUCCCUGUUAUCUGGGAAGGGGGUGUGAGCCCUUCACUGGAAGGAAUGAAGAAAUAGGAAAGAAAAAUGGUGCUUGUCUUCCUAUCCUGGGCGGAUAGAGUGUGUCUUCCCUCCAUCUUUUCUCUGCCAGGUGAUCUCAAUACCUACCAUGUUUCAUGCACUUGCUAGCCACAGAAAAUAUAAGUACAAAGAAUGAAACAGUGAACUCACAUUAUUUCUCACGCUGACCCAACAUUCUAAUUGGGGGGUGGGGGUAGAAUUACUUUAAAAAAAAAUCACAUGGGAGCAGCUGGGUAUCUCAGUGGAUGAUCUCUAGCCAUGCCUAGAGACAUAAGAUCCUGGGUUAAAAUGUGACCUCAGACACUUCCCAGCUGUGUGAUCCUGGGCAAGUCACCUAACCCCCAUUGCCUAGCCCUUACCACUCUUCUGCCUUAGAACCAAUCCAAGAUGGAAGGCAAGGGUUAAAAAAAAUCACACACAGUAUAAAUACAAAGUUAGUAAAAACAAAUGGAAACCAUGAAAACACAAGGUAGUUUGGCAAAAGACAUUAAACCAUUGGGGGAAUCUGGAAAGGUUUCUAGAAGAUGAGGCCCCAAAUUGUAUAAUGAUGAGGAUUCUGUGAGGAAGGCGAGCAUGCUAGGGAUGAGGGACAGCCAGUGCAAAUGUAUGAAGACUGAGGAUGAAGGGUUGUGUGUGAGAAAUGGGUUCAAACUCUCCAUGACUAGGGAAAUAGCUUCCAUUUAGGUGAAUAGUAUAAUCACUGGCAGGUUGUCUAAUUAAAAUUCUUGACUAAUUUUUAGAAGGUUCAUGUUUGUUUUGUCAUUCCCUUUCUAUGGAAUUAGGUUUAAUGCCAGCAUAUAAUGUAUAGUUAUAUACCAUGUUUUCCCUUUUUAAUCUUAAAGAAAUGUUGGAAUCCUCAAUUCCUUUGGAGCUCAGCUUCUAUCCCACUGAGUAAGUGUUCUCUGCCUUUCGAUCCAGGCUUCUUCAGGUCCCAUAUGCCAUGUUCCCCGUCAAAUCCCAGGCCAUCUUGUAUGAUGCUAUCUUUGUUCACAGCUUGCUUAUUUGUAGGAAUGACAAAAAUCUGUCAUCAUUAGCCUUUGACUAGGGACUUCCAAGUGCCCUAGGAUUUCCCCCUAUGGUAGGUGGUUUGCCUUUUUUCAAAACUAUUAUGAUAGUACCUGUGAGUAUCUGAAUGAGUCCAAGAUGAGUGGUUUUAUCUUGCCAGCAUGUAGCACAAUGCCUGGCACACAGUAGGCACUUGAUGUUUAUUGAUUGAUUGUCAUCAUUUUUAGUUGUGCAGACCUUUCAGGCGAAUGCUUUGUUUCUGCUUUUGUACAUUUCAAGAAGUGAUUGAUAUUUAUCUCCACCAAAACUUUUAAGCUUGAACCUUCUUUAAACAUGAAUUUGAUUAUUCUGUUGUAUGAAAGUCAGUGAUUGUUUUCUGCCUCCCCUUCCUGUGGACAGUAUUAUUUCCUUUCUGUGUUCUUUUGAAUGUGUUGCUGUUAUGAAAUGAGGCAUGGUAUCAUAGAAGUUAAAUAAAAUGUUUUUCA